AUGAGACUGGUUCUUCCUAACCCAGGACUGGAUGACAGAAUCCCUUCCUAUGAGGAUCUGGACAGGAUGGAGAAGGAGGAAGCCGGGGACAGGCCAAAGUGGGACAACAAAGCCCAGUACAUCCUAACAUGUGUGGGCUUGUGCAUUGGGAUUGGCAAUGUGUGGCGAUUCCCUUAUUUGUGUCAAAGUCAUGGAGGAGUUUUUUCAGGUGCCUUUUUUAUUCCCUACGUGAUCCUGCUGGUGCUGGAAGGAAUGCCUCUCCUGCUGCUGGAGUUUGCCAUCGGCCAGCGUCUCAGGAAAGGCAGCGUGGGAGUGUGGAGGGCCAUCAGCCCUUAUCUGACUGGCGUCGGUGUAGCCUCCAUGCUGGUGUCCUUAUUGAUUGGACUGUACUACAACACCUUAAUAGCCUGGAUCUUGUGGUAUCUCUUCAAUUCCUUUCAAAGCCCACUGCCUUGGGCCCAGUGUCCUCUCAAUGACAAUGGGACAGGUAUUUAAAUAUAAAGAGAUUCUUAUUAAGAACUCAAACUCUAAUAAUAAUUACACAC